AUCAUUACUGCGUAGGAGUUUUCGGUAGACUUUGAUUUCGAAUGCUUAAAACAAACGCAAAAUAUGUAUUUUAGUUGUCACACUUUAUCUUUUAUAUCCUUUUUUAUUAUCUGCAAUGAGGAUCAUUGUAAUUGAGGCCAUCUGAAAAUGGUAUACAAUAAUGCACCACAUGAGUGAGUGCUCUAUGUGACCCUCAUAAAGACACUCUGUAUGUGCUUUGACAUUCACUUCUCAAGGCAACCAUUGAUUAAUCUCGCAUCAAAAGAGUGAACACAGUUUAGAUUGCAGCCAAAUUUCCGUAUUUUAAGGAAUUUCGUGAUUUUCUCCGAAGUCAAAUGUUCGCCCCCAAGAUUUGAGGAAAUUCUGCGGUUUUGUGCCAGUUUUACAAAAGUUUACGUAGCGGCCUCCCCAAAACUGAUGAAAGUUUUCUCAAACUAGGGAGAUUGGGAAACCAUGUACAUAUCUACGAUUUAACUUUAUUGCCUUGAAUGGUUGUUACUUACGUGCUUUGUUUCUACAUGAAAUUGAAAAUUGCCUGGGCUAGGAGAGAAAAGAGCGGUUUUACCUUUUAUCAACGUAUCUCUAGGGUUAUUCCUUACAAACGUAAAUCCAAAUAAACUAGUCUUUGAUUUACGUUUGGUAUUUUAUAUCAAUAGAUCUUUUAAGACGAAGUCAAUUGAUGAACGCCUAGAAACCCAAUCUGCUAUUUUUUAAGCUCACAUUAAAAAGUAACAACUUCGCAGUUUUGUUGUUUUUGUGUCUGCCAGUUCCAAAAUACUUGAUGACACUACAUCUUGUCUUUAAGUUUUCCAUUUUGGCUAGCCAGAAGCAUCUGUCCCAACGUAGUGAGCCACAUUUAGAUGUAAGCACCACCACCAUAGAGUCAUCAGAAUAAAGCAUGAGGUACAAAUAACUUUGCUGCUGUUUCGGGUUUACCCAAGAUAGCGGAAAAUAUAAAGACGCACAAAUUUGAAUACUCUGACUUCAAUGCUUCUAUUUUAAAGAACUGGUGACUAAUCUAGUAGAUGUAUAACUCAAUAGUGUAUUUCAGAAACUACUUUAAAACCAGUGUAUUUAGCAUUGAGUCGUGUGCAUUAUGAAGGUAAUUAAUUAAUCAAAUCAAUCGAAAUAAUGCUCAACUCUUGAAGAGAAUUAUUAAUUGUAAAAUUUUUCUUAUAUGUAACUAUGUAAGGUCGUAUCCCAAUGUUUAUAUACAUAAUUUAUUAUGAACCGUCAAUAAUAAGAACAAUAAGAGCUCUAGUGUAGUCAUAACAACCAACCUUUUUCAAAUGAAACUUCAUUUUAUAUUAUUUUUUUAGACUGGUGUUUUCCACAAUAUUCGAGUUUUAAAUAAGUCUUAUUGAGAGGUUUUUUCGAUAAUCAACGAUAACGUGAUAAUUAUUUGUUUAUAAUUGUCCCGUGACUUCGAAAAUGUUUGUUGAAUCAUACGGAGAUGAAGUUUCUCGUGUAUUUACAUUGGAGAAAAGUCAAAGUCGACAAAUUAGCUCAUUAUUUGAUCUACACUUAUCAUGGGUGACUUUAAAGAAGUUUUUUCUUCCUGUUGGAUAUCCAUCUAGUGUUAGUGAUGAUUAUUUAGAAUACCAAAUUUGGGAUACUAUACAGGCAUUUGCCAGCAGUAUCACUGGUGCUCUUGCAUCACAAGCUGUUUUAAUCGGUGUAGGUGUUGGGGAUUCAUCAGCUACCAUAUUAAGUGCUAGUUUAACGUGGAUGUUUAAAGAUGGUUCAGGUAUGAUUGGAAGAAUUAUAUUCGCUGGUUAUCAUGGAAUUAAAUUAGACUGUGAUUGCAAAUUUUGGAGAUUUGUUGCUGAUAUCUUAAACGAUUGUGCUUUAUUCCUUGAAAUAAUUUCUCCACUAUUCAAUUAUUUGUUCACACCGUUACUUUGUCUUGCUAAUGUACUUAAGUCUUUAGUUGGUGUCGCUGGUAGUGCAACGCGUGCAGCUAUUGUUCAACAUCAAGCGAUCAAUAAUAAUCUAGCUGAUGUAUCAGCUAAAGAUGGUAGUCAGGAAACCUUGUCUAAUUUGAUGGCAUGGUUACUUAAUUUUAUUUUGUUAUAUAUGGUGACCGGUAAUCAGUUUCUUAUUUGGUUCUGUUUUAUUUGUUGCACUUCAAUACAUUUAUAUUCAAAUUAUCGCGCUGUAAAAUGUUUAAAAUUACGUACAUUCAAUCGUACACGUUUUCAUUUAGCUAUACAACAAUGGUUUAAACAACAAUUUAAUGAUAUUCAAUAUUCAAUGUUAAUGUCAAAUAAUAUUGAUAAUAUAAACAAAAUACCUAAAUAUCUUUUAAUGAAUCAAUCAUUUCCACAUGUUAUAUGGGUUAAUGAAUCUGAACCUAUUAUAUAUAAAACUGAUCAACCUAUAAUUAUAAUGGGUUGUUCAUUGUAUAAAUUACCUAUUGAAGGACAGAAAUUGCUGCCUAAUUUGAUACAAUUAUGUGAAAAAUACAAUUACAUUUUGUACUGUCCGAAUUGGGAAGCUGUUCAACAAGGCAACUCAAUAAUCCCAUUGACAAUGUAUAUCGUUUUAUUUUCUGAAUCGAAACCUUUGGAUCAGCUCAAAGCUAUGCUGCAUGUAGAAUUGAUAGCAUUCAUAGUAAAGUACCCCUUUAAGACAACGUUACCUCAUAAAGUAUUGGAAGAAAUAAUUAAAGCAAAAAAUUAUUAUGAAUUUUUACAAUCUACUUUAAAUCUUGUCAAUCAAUUAUGGAAUCCUUUCAUCAAUUCAUUACAAUCUAAUCAUGAUUGGAAUAUGGAUUCAUUUCAAUUUGCAGCAGAUAUAUGGAGAUUACAUCGAAAUGAAUAAUAUUACUAUAUUAUCUCAUUAGAAUAAUGCAAAUAAAAAAAAAAUCAUGACUAGUUGAACUAUUGUGAUCUGUAUAUUUUCUAUAAUAUGUCUCAUUGUAAUAAACAUUUUGAUACGAA